AGCCCUGCGGAGUGGACUGACGCGUUGUGGCGGGUCCGCGUCGCUGGUAUCGUGGACGUCCCAAGCAGUGCAGACAUGGCUCACCUUAGGGGCUUCGCCAACCAGCACUCCCGCGUGGACCCUGAGGAGCUCUUCACCAAGCUCAAAUGCAUCGACAAGGGCUCAUUUGGGGAGGUGUACAAAGGCAUUGACAGCUGCACCAAGGAGGUGGUGGCCAUCAAGAUCAUCGACCUGGAGGAAGCCGAGGACGAGAUCGAGGACAUCCAGCAGGAGAUCAUCGUCCUGAGCCAGUGCGACAGCCCCUACGUCACCCGCCACUUUGGCUCCUACCUGAAGAGCACCAAGCUGUGGAUCGUCACGGAAUACCUGGGUGGUGGCUCUGUGCUAGACCUGCUGAAGCCAGGGCCCCUGGAGGAGACCUACAUCGCCACUAUCCUGCGGGACAUCCUCAAGGGCCUGGACUACCUGCACUCGGAGCGCAAGAUCCACCACGACAUCAAAGCUGCCAACGUGCUGCUCUUGGAGCAGGGGGCCGUGAAGCUGGCCGACUUCGGGGUGGCCGGGCAGCUCACGAACACGCAGAUCAGGAGGAACACGUUUGUGGGCACUCCCUUCUGGAUGGUCCCCGAGGUCAUCAAGCAGUCUGCCUACGACUUCAAGGCCAACAUCUGGUCGCUGGGGAUCACCAAGGGCGAGCUGCCCAACUUGGACCUGCACCCCAUGUGCGUUCUGUUCCUUAUCCCCAAGAACAGUCCGCCCACCCUGGAGGGCCACCACAGCAAGCCCUUCAAGGAGUUCGUGGAGGCCUGCCUCAACAAGGAUGCCCAAUUCCAGCCCACGACCCGGGAGCUCCUGGAGCACAAUUUCAUCACGCACUACACCAAGAAGACGUCCUUCCUCACCUAGCUCAUCGACCGCUCCAAGAGCUCGUAGUCGGAGGCCCACGCUGAGGAGUCCAGCUCCGAGGACUCGGACAUUGACGGAGAUGCUGAGGACGGGGAUCAGGGUCCCAUCUGGACCUUCCUGCCCACCAUCCGGCCAGGUCCGCACAGCAAGCUGCACAAGGGGAUGGCCCUGCUCUGCCCCCAGAAGCCCACAGAGCCCGUCAAGCGGCAGCGGCGGUCCUAGUGCCUGUCCACCCUGGUCCGGCCCGUCUUCGGGGAGCUCAAAGAGAAGCACAGGCAGAGUGGCCGGGGAGUGGGAGCCCUGGAGGAGCUGGAGAACGCCUUCAGCCUGGCCGAGGAGUCCUGCCCCGGCAUCUCCGACAAGCUCAUGGCACACCUGGUGGAGCCGGUGCAGAGGUUCUCUCACAACAGAAACCACCUGACAUCCAGCCGCUGAGACCAGCCCAGGAGCAGGCGGUGCAGACGGCCCGUGGCCGCGCUGUGGGUGGCAGCC